UAGCCAACACUUCACAUAUUGUCAGGUCAGGUAAACUCAACACACACUUGAGAAACUGUAACCCUAAACAAAAGUAAACCCACACAGACACACUCACACACACACGCACACACAAUGCCCAUGUACCAGGCAUGUUUGGCCAAACCGGCACACGUGGGUUACUUGCAACAUCGCGUAGGUUGCAAGCCUUUGGUCAUAUCCAAGAAGCGCUUUCAGGAUGUGGUGGAUCACUCGCGUCAGCAAUUGAAGCUGGAUCAGCGCGAGGAAGUGGAGGAGGAGCAGCGCUAUUUGCAAUACCUAAAGGAUGGCCACGAGGCAUUGUACAAAUGCUUUGUCGUUAAGGCAACUCGCAGCAUCGAUGAGGAGCGUCAAUUGCGCUUCGAGCAGGAACUCAAAGAGGCUGCCAUACGCAAUCGCCAGGUGGCGCUGGAGGACGAACAAAUGCGCAAGGAGCGCAUUAUGCGCGCCAAUAAACUGCUGAAUAAUAUGAAACCAGGACCCAGAGCGCUGCAUUGCGCGCUUUACGUAAGCGACACUGCCUAUCAGGCCAAGUACAAUGAGCAGGUGAAUCGACGCAUUGCGGAGGAGACGCAGGCGCAGGAGCGUCGCGAUGAGCAGCUAUGCCCCGAGUCGCUAAUACCGCCAGGACUGCAGUCAGAGCAGCAGAUUAAGGAUAAGGCAGCAGCGCAAUCUGCGCUGCUCAAAGAGGAAUGGCGCAAGAGCUUGGAGGAGCGCGAGCAGCGUAGACUGGAGCAGCGUGAGCAGGACACGGUCGAAAUACAAAUCGAACGUGCGCAGUACAAAUGUUUGCAGGAGCAGGAGCAGCUAAAGGCGAAGCUGCUGAAGCAAAAGAAACGCGAGUUUUGUCGACGCGCCUAUCAGGAGGCGCUGAAGGAAAAAGCUGAAAUUGCAGCAUAUAAUCGCAACUGCGAGGCCAUAGAGGAUCGACUGCACUGCGUAUCGGCCACAGCGCAGCGCAGGCUUAGCAAGCGCUACAAUCAGCAGGUCAAGGACAUGCGCGCUGAGUUGAUACGCAAGCGAGAUGCGCAUAUUGACAGCAUAGCAGUGAAGCAUGCGGCGGCUGAGCGAGAGGCGGCGGCGUCAGAGCAGCAGCUGGAGGAUAAGUAUGCCUUUGAGGUGGAAGUGGAUGAGGCGCGUCGCAAGUGCGAACUGCAGGAGCUGGCAAAGCAGCGUCGUGCCUAUGAGCUGGAGGAUAAGCAGCAGGCGCUGCUUAAAGCGCAGCAUGCGGCGCAACUGCAGCGCUUUGCCAUUGCCGAGAGAUUCAAGAACGCUGAGAUCAAUAAACGUUUCAAUUCUAUACAGCGCAGAAAGCUGGCGCAGGAAAAGGAUGAGCUGAAGUCUGUGCUGCUUGGACAGCGUGAGGAAUUCCUGCAGCAGCGUCGCGAUGAGCUAAUGCGCAUGGGCGCUUGCCAGGAGGAUCCCAAUUUGGCUGAAGAUGUUUACUUCUUUGACGAGGUGGUCAAGCAAAUGCGCAAGUGUCGCAAAACUGGACGUCCACUGUUUCCGCUGGCCAAGGCAGCGGAGCUGUACAAGCGUCAAAACGAUCUGGACAUGGUGCCGGAGGGACGCGGCGUGAAGCGCAGUCGGCUGCGCGACUAUUGCUGGCCUGGAUUUCAUGACAAGGCCGACUUGGCUUAUCGCAAAUACGAGCACAAGGAGCAGUGUCGUCAGGAGCAGGAGAAGGAGCGUCAUGAGCUGUUCAACAACUGCAUUAAGAUUACCAAAAUGGCCGCCGAGGAGUUGCCCUACAAAGAGUGCAUUGCCCAAGGCGCCAUCAAGUGCAUGCAACAUCGCGGCAUUCCGGCCAUGGAGGAUAUUUCUGAAUUUGACUGCGCCAGCGUUUGCUAUGACGAAGCGCCGCCCAUCAAACUGUGUCCAGCCAACAUGCAGGUCACCCAAGCAGCCAAGCCGCUGCAGCAGCAGCAGCCAGCCAAGACUUUUGUUGUGCAGCAUCCCGAAGUGGUCACAGCCAUGCAGCAAGCCAAGCAGCACAUUGAGCAGCUGCCCAAACCAGCAGCUCAAAGCUCCAAGCACUCGGACUUGGCCACCAACAGAGCCAAAGGCGGCGUUCAAGCUUCGCGCUAUAUAUUGCCCUACAAUGAAACAAAUCGGUUUCGCGUUUGGCGUUAGCUAGAUCAGACUACACUAUAGAAGAGUUAAGCUUUAGUCAGAGACUCAGUUACAGACUUUCAGCAGUUGAGCUACUUUAUACUAAUUUGUAAUUUGUAUUUUCUUACAAGUUUAUCACCCAAGUUCACUUUUGCUUAUCGCCCAUGCUAAAUUUCUUUGUGUAUGAGAGAAUAGAAUAGAGAUCUGCAUAGGCAAUUGGACUAGAUAAAAGAUUCGCUGACGUGCGCUGAUGUAGAAUUAAAUAAAUUUAUUUAACGCGCAACAAUCAAUAAAUAUGGUUC